AUGAGGUUUCUCUGUCUGCCAGGCGCAUUUUGCAAUGCUAAGGCGUUUAACACGCAGCUGGGGCUGGAGGACUUCUUUGGGCCACCGCCCAAUUUCACCUUUGCCGAAGUCGAUGACCCCGACCUGAUCAAUUUCAAUAUUUUGGACUUCCCCGGACGCGAUACCCCGGAAGAUACGAUGAAUCAUGGAACGGUUAAUUGGGAUCUCCUGGACACGGAGGAUGACAUUGCCGGCGUGAUCGGCUACUCCGAGGGUGUGAAAAUCGCCGCCACGCUCAUUCUGGAGGAGGAACGCCGGCGCAAACAGCACGGUCGAGCUCCAAGACUGAAAUGCGCCAUACUCGUCUGCGGAUGGCCGGUCCUAGACCCAGAAACCGGCGCAACAAUCCUGGCGGCGGAUGAAGACAGCGAUGACGAGGGCGAGAUGAUCACCAUCCCAACCUGCCAUGUUGUGGGUGCGGCAGACCUUUCCUCGAUGCGUCCAUGGCCCUGUACAAUGUCUGCGAUCCGGACACCGCCGAGUUGUUUGACCAUGGAGGCGGGCAUGUCAUUCCUCGGGGAAAGCAAACGGUGGACGAUCUAG